GACGCUGCUUUUGUUCCUGUGAAUUCCUGCUAACGGAACAGCAGUCAGUCGUUUUACUCUCGGUAUAUAACGGGUUUGUCUGUCUCCUCCGUUACACACCGCGCGAGGACAGCAGACAUGACUCACUCACGGACUGUCAGAAUAGAUAUCGACACAGCUACCAACCUCGUGUACGUGGUGGGCACGGAAUUAAACAUACACCUGAACAGGUGUGCCCCUCCUGGCUCCAGGUUCUUCUCAGUGAAAUGCACCCCCGAUGUUCAGUACAGCAUCACCCCUCAGCCUUCGGUGGCUUCCCACCUGUCUCCCCUCCCCCUCCAUAUGAAUCAAGUGCUGCUGAUCAGCAUGAAAAAAGCCAGUGCUCAUGAAAAUGACAACAAGCUGUCUGUCAGGUACUAUGGGGAGAAGUCGGAGGUGUUGGGCAAUGCAGUUGUGCAUUUGACAGCUGUUGAGAUCUCUCUGGAUGUGGACGCUGACAGAGAUGGAAAAGUGGAAAAAGACAACCCCAAUAAGGAUUCCUGGAAAUGGGGUCCUAACGGCCAUGGAGCGAUUCUAUUAGUCAACUGUGACUCUGAGACGUCAUACCGGAAGAAACCAGACCUUGAGAAAAAGUCUAUCACCAAAGUGUCAGAUCUGAAGGACAUGUCUCUCAUGAUCCUGCGGACCAGAGGCCCUGCCAAGCUCCCUGAUGGCUACAAGCUCAGCAUGCACAUCACUAAAAGUGAUUCAGAUUGUAUCAGAGUCUUCAGGUCUGGAUCCCCUGGAUCUAACACUGCUCCCUCGAGUUACCUCUACAACCUGUUUGUGCAGCACUAUCCUCUGGUUCUGAGCGAUAAAGUCUUGAUUAAGGAGGUGCCUUACCCUGGAGGAAACGGAGAAUUGGAGUUCUAUGUGGAGGGUCUCAGGUUUCCUGACAAGGACUUCGAUGGGCUCAUCACCAUCAACCUCAGUCUGUUGGACUCUGUUGCAAGGGGUAUCCCUGAGACGCCUAUCUUCACCGACAGAGUCGUGUUUAAAGUGGCUCCUUGGAUCAUGACACCCAACACCCUCAGGCCUUUGGAGGUGUAUGUCUGCAGAAUAAGGGAAAACAGGCAAUUCGUUCAAGAAAUGAAAAACAUUACUGAAAAGAGUGGAUGUACUCUGAAGGUUCUCCCUGAGUAUAAGAACAGAGGAGAUCGCUGGAUACAGGAUGAAAUGGAGUUUGGUUACGUUGACGCACCUCAUCAUCAGUUCCCCGUCGUUCUGGACUCUCCUCGAGACAGAAAAUUAGGUGACUUUGCAUAUGAUGAGCUGCUGGGCCCUGACUUCGGCUAUGUCACAAGAACGCCUGACAGUACAGAACCAAAUGAUCUGGACUCUUUCGGUAAUCUUGAAGUGAGUCCUCCGGUCACUGUGAAUGGAAAACACUACCCCCUGGGUAGAAUCCUCAUUGGAGUGGCUUUUCCCACGACAAUUACAGGACGAAACAUGACCCAGAUUAUCCAGGACUUCCUCUGGGCUCAGAAGGUUCAGGAACCAGUGGCUUUAUACUCAGACUGGCUCCUUGUUGGACAUGUCGAUGAAUUCAUGAGUUUUGUUCCUGCACCUGACAGAAAGGGGUUCAGGCUGCUGCUGGCAAGCCCAGAUGCCGGCUACAAACUCUUCAAAAAGUUACAGAAUGAUGGGCACGGUAAAUCCAGACUGUUUGAAGAUCUGGAGGAAGAAAAAAAAUUAUCAGUUGAUGAAAUACUUGCUGAUGAGGGUCUCCAAGCUGAAAACAACUAUGUGCAGAGCUGCAUCGACUGGAACAGAGAUGUACUGAAGAGAGAGCUGGGCCUGGAGGACGCCGAUAUCAUCGACCUGCCGAUCCUCUUCAAGCUUGAGUUAGCUGGAAACAAGCUCAAAGCAAUGGCUUUCUAUCCUGACAUGGUGAACAUGAUUGUCUUGGGGAAAAACCUCGGCAUCCCGAAGCCUUUCGGCCCCAAGGUGAACGGAAGCUGUGCUAUAGAGGCUGAGACGAGAUCCCUGCUGGAGGGCCUGGGUCUCAGCUGCACAUUCAUUGAUGACUUCGCCGCCUACCACAAAGAGCAGGGAGAGGUGCACUGUGGCUCCAACACCCGCAGGGUGCCGUUCAACUUUAAGUGGUGGAACAUGGAGAUGUAAAGGGGGCCUUUACUAUAAAUGGGGAUGGGCUUUUCAGUAUGCUUAAUAUUUUAAGAAAGCAAAGCAUCUUUAAGUCAUAGGGAUGGGGUUUAUUUUACUCGUCAAAGCCUUCUUCUAUCUCACUAAAAAAAUCAGCAACCAUGUACAAGUUAAUCCCAAAGCUACUCUUAUUUUUUUACCCAUGUUUUUUUUCUACAAUUGUUCCUACAUGGCAACUGUUAGCCUUAAUGUAGUAAACCACAGCAGCAGUCCUACCCCAUUCGGUUCUAAACCUUGGUGUUUUUAAAGUGAUCCAACCCUGAGAUCUGAAAGUAUGGGUUGAUAAGUUUAUAGAUAAGAGAGAAGUCAGGUAGGGGGGGAGUUUACCAACAAGUGCCCUGUAAAUAAACAGGAUACUGUGCUGCUUUCUAUGCUGACUUAACAAGGGCCAGCCAACAGACCAAUACAGGUCACAAUGAUGAGUACGAAAACUGUCACCAGUAAUAAAGCAAAGAGCACAGUGAUAGACUGCACCCAAUGGCUUCAAAACAGAAGCAGCUGCAUGUGUGUAGAGGAUGUCUCCAUAUUAUAAAACUGGCAGUACUGUCACCGGGACUAUCUUUUUUCUGUUUCUCACAGUCAAGCGGGAUUUAUUCCUGUACAGAAAACCAAGUUGUGGUCUUAGUUUCUUGAUUUAAUUAGAAAUAUGGGACUUAAAGGACAGAUCUUGAUCUAGCCAUAUACCCAAAUACUUGAACUGAUGAACACAAUCAAUUUUUACAUUAUUUAACUUGUACAGGGUGGCAUCAAGAUUGUCAGUAGUCUGCCUUAAGAAGAUCAUAAAUUUAAUCUUAAUGGGUUUUAGCAUUAGUUUAAGAUCAAUUAGUGCCUGUUGGAAUAUGUUAAAAUCAGACUGUAGCUGGGACAAAGCUUGACUGUGUGAGGGUGCUGAGGAGUACUGAAUUUUAUCAUCCGCAUAGAGAUGAACCUCUAAGUACUUACAUUUUCCUGCGAUGUCAUUAAUAUAUAAUGUGAAUAGAAGCGGACCCAAAAUUGAUCCCUGGGGGACUCCUUCGCUGACCACCUUAAAGGUAGACCUUACACUGUCUGCAACAAUUGCUUGAGUCCUAUUUGUUAAAUAAUUUUUAAACCAGGUACAUGCAGUCUCUUCAACACCAAUUUUAGAAAGCUUACAUAACAGAAGAGAAUGGUCAACUGUGUCAAAGGCUUUUGACAGAUCAACAGACAGGGCAACACAUUUCUGACCAUUAUCAAUUGAAGUAAUAAUGUCAUUUAUGACAAGACAUGCUGCUGAAAUUGUACUGUGACCUGAUCUGAACCCUGACUGAUAGGGAGAGAGAAUGUUAUUUGAAGCUAGGUGCACAGUUAAUGAUUAACCAAUGAUUGUAAUACUCUUGCAAGACAGGAAAGUUUGGGGAUGGGCUGGUAGUUGUUCAUUUCAUCAGCCAGCUCUAGCUUAUCGGAUGUAGGGCCAUUUUCUGUAAUAACUUGAGGAGGAGAAGAUGAAGCAGUGUUUGAUUUGAGAGAAUUUACAGUUUUCCAAAAUUAAGAUGGGUUGUUUUCAGCAGAAGUAUAUAGGAAAAUGAAAACUUUGGAUUUUGCGUGUUUAAUGAGGAGAGAACAUUUGUUCCUUAGCUUUUUAAACAUCUGCCAAUCACUAUCUAAGCCAGUCUCUCUAGCACGUUUCCAUGCCUUGUCUCGAUUGUAUAAUUUGUCAGAUAAACUAUUUUUAAACCAGGGAUUAGAAUGGUUUCUCGCCCUAAUGGUCUUGGUCAGAGCAUGCUUGUUUUACAAAAAAAGAUGAAAAGCUAUAUUUACAAAGAAAUCUUUUGAACAAGGGCUUAAGCAGACUGUGGACAAGAACAGAAAUACAAUCACUUUAACUGAGCACAUAGAUGAUUCACUCCCAAUCCUUGGGUUUCAAAACCAACUGUUGUGCAAGCACGAUUAGAUGAAUUGUACAUAAAAAUGUGCUAUAAUGACAUAAAGCCACAAGAGGACACACUUCAUCUACUCAAGCAUUUCCAAAGUCCAGCGGAAAAUCAUUCGAACAAUGUCUUUAAAUCAUUUUAAAAGGCUAAAAUGCUGUAUUUUAUUACCAAAAAUGUCUCUUCAUGGUUUGUUUCUAUACCAUUUUUCUGUUGCAUCAAACGCAAAAUGCUGCUUUGUUCUAUUUGUAGCUCUGAAAAGUUUUAAAAGUCACUAAAUAUUUGUUGUUUUGCAUUUGGACCAUUGCCUUCAAACUAUUUGUACUUGUACACACUAUCAAAGCAUAGCAAAUGUAUUUGCAAUAAAUCUC